CAAGUGAUUUUCUGCUCUUUUCUCAUCUUCUGUGCGUAAUCGGGUCUGACGUGUGUAAUUUUAUCUUUAAAAAAAAUUGGAGAGAGAGAGAGAGAGAGAGGAAAAGUGGAUUUUUUUAAUAAAAAAAUAAUUUUUUAUUAAAAAAUAAAGAGAAUGGCAGGCCAAUGGAUACGCCAAAUUAUUUCGCCGAAAAUUGGAGGUGUAAGGCUAUAUAGCGGUAAAGUACAAAAAUGCACACUUAUCCCAGGCGAUGGUAUUGGGCCUGAAAUUUCAGCGGCAGUUCAGAAGAUCUUCGAAGCUGCCAAGGUUCCGAUUGAUUGGGAAACUGUUGACGUGACACCAGUGAGGGGAACAGAUGGUAAAUUCGGAAUACCACAGGCAGCAAUUGAUUCCGUCAAUAGAAAUAAAAUUGGUCUCAAAGGACCAUUGAUGACGCCAAUUGGAAAAGGACACAGAUCAUUGAAUCUCGCUUUAAGAAAGGAAUUCAAUUUAUAUGCAAACGUACGACCAUGUCGAUCAUUGGAGGGUUACAAAACACUUUACGAUAACGUUGACGUUGUUACAAUCAGAGAAAACACCGAAGGUGAAUAUUCAGGCAUUGAACACGAGAUUGUCGAUGGAGUUGUACAGUCAAUUAAGCUCAUCACCGAGGAAGCUUCCAGUAGGGUUGCCGAAUUUGCCUUUCAAUACGCUCAGGAAAACAAUCGAAAGAAGGUCACAGCUGUUCAUAAGGCGAAUAUCAUGAGAAUGUCCGACGGUCUUUUCUUGAGGUGCUGCCGAGAUGCUGCGAAGAAUUUUCCAAACAUUAAAUUCGAGGAGAGGUAUUUGGAUACAGUUUGCUUGAACAUGGUACAAGACCCAGGUCAAUACGACGUUCUGGUUAUGCCCAAUCUCUACGGAGAUAUUCUCUCCGACAUGUGCGCUGGUCUCGUCGGUGGUCUCGGUUUAACACCCAGUGGAAAUAUUGGCUUAAACGGCGCUCUAUUCGAAUCGGUACACGGAACUGCUCCGGAUAUUGCAGGACAGGACAAAGCAAAUCCCACGGCACUUUUGCUAUCCGCCGUGAUGAUGUUGAAACACAUGGGAUUGAAUGACCACGCGAGAAUUAUUGAGACUUCCGCCUACGAGACAAUUAAGGAAGCAAAAUAUCUGACCGGUGAUCUUGGUGGCACUGCGAAAUGCAGUGAAUAUACGGAUGAAAUUUGUAAAAGAGUAACUGCGCAGACAAAGUAAAGAAAAAAGAAGAACAGCCUAAUUAGCCUUAUUAAUUGAGAACUGCCAAAUACUCGUAGAAAUCGUGUUCACACGAGGAGAGUAAUUGUCACUAAAUACUCCCUCACGGUGUCGCGCAACAUACGAUGCAAUAAAAAAAUUGCACCCGAUCAAAUUUUACCAGCCAAAUUUCACCAAUAACGAAAUAGGUCAAAAAAAUAGUCUUCUUCUUCUUCUUCUUUUUUCCCCCCCGUAGAAGCCAAAUGAAUUAGAAUCGACAAAACUGCUUGUACUAUUGAGUAGCACAGAACUGUUUAUAUUUAGACUUUGUAUACAAAUUAUUAUCGAGAACAAAAGUGUUUUUAACUCUUUUUUUUCUCGUCACUUCGUACUCGUCCGUCUCAUUUUGAGUAGUAGAUUAAAUUAUUGUUAUUAUUAUUAUUAUUAAUUAUUAAUUAUUCACACGAAUUACCAGUGUAAUAUAAGUGUAAGAUGUGUAUAAUAAUUUUAAUUGAAUUAACAAGCGAAAUAAUUGUUCUCGAUUGAAGAGAAUUCAGGCAUCGACGUGCUGUGCAGUAUUAUAUAAAAAUCAAUAAUAAAAAAAAAGGUAGAAAAAUUUUUAGAAUUUAUGAAAGAAAUUUUUUAAAAUUCAACAAGGUUUUUUUGUCAAUUUUACAAGCAUUAAAUUAACACGUUCGAAAGAUGUA